AUGCCGAAAAUGGGGCCUCACACCAAGGCACUCAACGUGUCGUUCACAGACACGAAGCUGGCAAUCCUCAAAAUCAUCGUCACAAGCGCCACAAGCGGCGAGUCUGCUGAGGUUGAGGGAGCUGGCUCGGAGAUCCAAGCUGAGAAUGGCGACUUGGUUACGUUUGAAAUGGAGAAGGAUCCCGUGACGCAGUUGAUCGACAUAAACAUAUCGUUGGGUGGCUCCAACUUCUUCCCACAGACGAAGACGGUGUCCAGUGAGCUGCUCGACCCAUCCAGGGGUGCCAUGACGUCCAACAUCGAGGGACAGGGACUGUCGCUGCCAGCCGCAAGGCUGCACCGAGUGCCAGGUUUUCUCAUGCUUGGCUUUGAGUUCUGGUCCCUCCACAUAUCCUGA